GCGGGGCUGGCGGAGGGGCGCCGGGGCGGGCAGGACCCGCCCGGCCCUUUAAAACCCCGCCCGGGCCGCUGCGGGCCGCAGCCGCCGCCGGAGCCGUCGCUAGAGCCGCGCUGCUCACCCCGGCCAGCAUUCUUUCAAGAUGUCUACUGUCCAUGAAAUUUUAAGCAAGCUCAGCCUUGAAGGAGAUCAUUCUCUCCCACCAAGUGCCUAUGCCACAGUUAAGGCCCACUCAAAUUUUGAUGCUGACCGGGAUGCUGCAGCCUUGGAAACAGCCAUCAAGACCAAAGGUGUGGAUGAGGUUACCAUCAUCAACAUCCUGACAAACCGCAGCAAUGAGCAAAGGCAGGAUAUUGCUUUUGCCUAUCAGAGGAGAACCAAAAAGGAACUUUCUGCAGCGCUCAAGUCUGCUCUGUCAGGUCAUUUGGAGGCAGUGAUCUUGGGCUUGCUGAAGACACCAGCUCAGUAUGAUGCCUCUGAAUUGAAAGCUUCCAUGAAGGGCCUGGGAACUGAUGAAGACACACUCAUCGAAAUCAUCUGCUCAAGAACAAAUCAGGAACUUAGUGAAAUUAUCAGAGUGUACAGGGAAAUGUACAAGACAGAACUGGAAAAGGACAUUAUAUCAGACACAUCUGGUGACUUCCGCAAGCUAAUGGUUGCCCUGGCUAAGGGCAAGAGGUGUGAAGAUAACUCUGUCAUUGAUUAUGAACUGAUUGACCAGGAUGCUAGGGAGCUCUAUGAUGCUGGUGUGAAGAGAAAGGGAACUGAUGUGCCCAAGUGGAUCAACAUUAUGACUGAAAGAAGUGUCCCCCACCUGCAGAAAGUGUUUGAGAGGUACAAGAGCUACAGCCCAUAUGAUAUGUUGGAGAGCAUCAAGAAGGAGGUUAAGGGAGACUUGGAGAAUGCCUUCCUUAAUCUUGUCCAGUGCAUUCAGAACAAGCAGCUGUACUUUGCAGACAGACUGUAUGAUUCCAUGAAGGGCAAGGGAACCCGUGACAAGGUUCUGAUCAGGAUUAUGGUCUCCCGCUGUGAGGUUGACAUGCUGAAAAUUAAGAGUGAAUUCAAGAGGAAAUACGGAAAAUCUCUCUAUUAUUUCAUCCAGCAAGACACAAAAGGAGAUUAUCAGAGGGCACUGCUGAACCUGUGUGGUGGAGAGGACUGAAAACUGUGAUGGAAGAUUCCCAGUUCCAGAGACAUGCCUUUUUUUUGAUCUUCAUUUUACUGUAAUCGUAAAGACAAUGACUUGCCUAGCUAACUGUGACUUGCAUUUGUAUCUGCACCAACCCCUGCUGUAGUAUGCUUGCCGGUGCUAUGAGCGCUUCCCCCAGCCGCAGUGCUCUGCUUGGCUCUGCCAAGGGUCCUAACAGCGUGCAGCCAAGCUAACCUUCCACAGAUAAACGAGGUUACAAGCGCUUGUGAAAGACUCUGCCGCUCUGUGCGAUGUUUCUAAUAAAACAUAAAUAAAACUGGAGUUUGACUUUAAUAA